AUGUCGUUACAAGGGAUGUUGAACAAGCUCCAUGGCCAACCCGAAAGCUAUGACCGCAAGAGCAAAUACCAAAUGGGUCGUACCCUCGGCGCUGGCACCUAUGGUAUCGUCAAGGAAGCCAGUGGCCCAACCGGCAAAGUCGCAGUGAAGAUCAUCCUGAAGAAGAACGUCAAGGGCAACGACCAGAUGGUGUACGAUGAGCUGGAGAUGCUGCAAACGCUCAAACACCCUCACAUUGUCAAAUUUGUGGACUGGUUUGAAAGCCGCGACAAAUACUACAUCAUCACUGACCUUGCUCAAGGCGGUGAGCUGUUCGACCGCAUUUGCGACAAGGGCAAGUUUACUGAGAAGGACGCCUCCGCGACGAUAAGACAAGUCCUGGACGCCGUCAACUAUCUACACUCCAAGGACGUCGUGCAUCGAGAUCUCAAACCGGAGAACCUUUUGUACAUGACCCGCGACGAGAACUCGGAUCUGGUACUGGCAGACUUUGGCAUCGCAAAGCAUUUGGACAGUCCCGAGGGUGUGCUCAAGACCAUGGCAGGAUCCUUUGGCUAUGCUGCACCGGAAGUCAUGCUCAAAAAAGGGCAUAGUAAGCCGGUCGACGUCUGGUCGCUUGGUGUCAUCACGUACACUCUCCUCUGUGGCUACUCUCCUUUCCGCUCAGAAUCACUCAACGACUUGAUUGACGAAACCCGAAACGGACGUGUUGUCUUCCACGAACGAUACUGGAAGGACGUCUCAAAGGAGGCAAAGAACUUCAUCCUCUCCUGCCUCAAGCCCGAUCCACACCAGCGAGUCUCCAGCCAGCAAGCACUGAACGAUCCUUGGAUUGCAGGCAAGGGUGCCACCGACCACAACUUGCUUCCUGAGAUCAAGGCAUAUAUGGCACGUGCUCGCCUGAAGAGAGGUAUCGACCUUGUGAAGCUCGCCAACCGCAUCGAGGCACUCAAAAUGCAGGAAGACGAGGAAGAAGACGUACCACAAGAGGCCGACGUGCCUGCUGACCCGAUCGCCGCAGCCGACCAAUCGAUCAGCCAUCGGCACGGUAGCACCACGAGCACCUCGUCCCUUGCCCCGCCGGAGCAUGAGCCGCAAAGGAAGCGGAGUCUUAGUAAGCUGGCAAAGAGUGCAAUCUUCAGAGAGGUGGUACUGGCGAAGGUGCGCGAGAUGAAGGCCGAGGAAGAAAAGCAAAAGACCAUGUCAGAACACACCAGCAAGUCGACAUGA